CAGUUACGGAUCACUCCCGGCUUCCGUACAGCGCGUCAGGAGCAGCGUGAUGACGUAAUCAAACAGCACCCGCGCUGUUUGAAACGUUGUUUUGUCAUACCAACGUAUUAUUUUAUCAAAACACCCUAAAAUAUCAGUUUUAUCCUGUAAAAUAGUUGUUGUAAAAUAGUUGUACAAUUUUAAAUCGAAUUUCCAGACCACACCUGGUCACUCGCGUGCGCUUAAAUACGAAGUUAUGCAGCUAGGCGUGAGUUAACGUUAGCUAGCAAACAAGCUAACAUGCUAUAUUUUGGUGACAGCUGCAUCAAACCCGUUUGGAUUCACCACAAUGGAGGAUGACUCUUCUUCCUCUUCUUCGGUGGUGACUGCUGUCUCUAAGGUGUCUUUCCUCCAGAGGACCUUGGAGCUGUCAUCCUCCACAAAGUGUCUGAAGCUACAGAGUGAGGAGGCUGCACCUGUCGCUGUCCUUUCUCUACAAAAGUAUUUAUCUGAACAAACUGAGGAGCAGCAGUCUGACAGCUUCAGCUAUGAUGUGACGGUCACUGACGGUGUGUGGCGAGCCAAGUGUUUUCUUCAUCACAGUUUGAACCACCUGGUGCAAACAAACACUCUGAAGACUGGGGCUGACAUCAGCAUCACACAGUGCUCCUUUGUUUACAAUGAGAGGAGACUGGGACAUGGGUACAUCUGUAUUGAAAAGCUCAACUGUGGCAUGGAUAGGUCUGCUGUUUUGUCCACAAUAAAGGAUGUCAGUUCAAUUCCCAUGCUGGUCAAACAUGGCAUGGAGAGGAGCAUGGAAUUGCAAAGUGAUGUUCCUCUGAAUGUGAGCCGCAAACAUUACCUGCCUCUGUGGAACAAUGACGACCCAGAAGGAGACAUCUGGACCCCAGAUUCACCCUCAUCCGACACAGUGCUGGAUGUGUCCAGGAUUACUCCUCUCAGUAGUCUGGAAUCAUCCUUUAGAAACAACUGGAAACCUCUUCCUCUUCUAGUGAAGAUAAUACACAAAUCCAGAUUACGCUAUUAUGGGAAGUUCGGGCUCAGGAUUGAUUACCCUUACCAGGCUUACUUUGAAGUUGCCGACCAGAGUGGGAUCAUGUCUCUUGUGCUUUGGAACGAACUCUGUCCUGAGUUUUACCAGAGACUGAAUGUAGGCACGGUGUUGUAUCUACAGAAUUACUCCUUAAAGCCGAGCUAUUCAAAGCGAUCACACCCACAAAUGGAUCAUCAUAGAAUGAAGGCCUUUAACGCUGUUGAAAUCUGCCUGAACCCUCGAAACCCGUCUUCAGUCGUUACUGUGAUCUCACCAAAGAGCGUACUGCCUCAGUGGGGACUGCCUGAGGUUUCCAAUCAGUUCAUCACCAGGUCAGAGCUGGAAAAUCUGUCCAACAAUUCAUCAUGUGAUGUCAUUUGCCUAGUAACAUUUGUUGGUCGUGUCGAAAGAGUGAAGAGUAAAAACAGUCAGGGUCCAGAAAAAUACUGGACCUAUCGCUGGAUUCAUGGAGUUGAUGGAACAUCUGAGCAACCUUUCAUCCUUGAGAUUUUUUCCUCUUCUCAACCAGACAUUUUCAGUCGAAUAUGCCCGAUGACAUACCUGGUGUGCACUCAGAUGAGAGUGUAUCAAGUGGAGGGCUCUUUGCUGUACCUCACCAGCAGUUGUGAGACAGAGACGUUCAUCACAGGCUACCACAAAGGUCAGCCGUAUGUGAGUGACCCCAAAGUGAAAAGCUUCAUCGCAUGGACCAAAACUCUGAAGGACAAUGUUAUUCUCCAUAAGACGACUGCUGGUGGUCAUUACUGCUACCCUCAUCCCCCACAGAAAUAUACCCAGUCAGUGACAGACACCUCAGCUCAAGCUCCUCUGGUUGCUUUGGCCGACUUAAAGAAGGAGUUGGAGACCCUGCAGUACAGAGAACACAAGAAACUUGCAAUUCAAGGACAGAUCACGGCAGUGCGCUACAUGAAACACCCCAAAUCCCCGGAGUCUAAAGGAGCAGAUGAAAAUGAGGUGCCGGCUGUUUCUAUUGAUGUGUGUGAGCAAGCCACACUCAGUCACUCCUCCGCAGCUGAGCAGACUUUGGGGGGAAAUUUGACUCCCUCUGCCGAGAAAACCUCACCAGAAAGAAAAAGGAGAAAGAGGACAAGGGAAGUCACACAAUCCUCCUUGAACAAUGGCUGCAUGCCAGAAAAAAGGAGAGCUCACAGUAAAGACACAGAGGAAGAACCACAAGAGCUGGAAGAAGAAAGUAACUCUGAUCCUGAGGUUCAGGAUCUGCAAAGUAAAGAUCAAGAUUCGGACGUGUUACCUUGGGAAAGCAGCAGGUGGCCGAAACAACGUCAAGAAGUGUGUGAAUAUUUAUGUCAAGGCGGUCUGUACCAGGACAGCCUCUCUCGAAGGUUCACGUUUGACGAUAAGGAUGUCCUCCUGCAGCAGAGUAACCUUCAGCCCACACGGUGGACACCAGAGAACAACACUGACCCCAUCCCAACUGUGGCUUGUUCAGGAUACUACCAAGUUACUAUUUUAGGCAUAAACAAGCAGAUCGCCGUUGAUGCUGCGUUUUUUCCUGUUGUGAGCUCAGAGGAGCCUCGGGCUGUCGGCCUCCCUCAGGAUCCACAUGGAAACACGAUGCUGUCCUGCCUGUUGUCGGGCUUCCUCUGUCCUCUCAUUGACUCUGCAAACCACAGUGAAGUGACACAUCCGGAUCCAGAGGAGGUUCUGGUGACUUCCCAUGAACUGGAGGACACGCAUGUUGUGUGUAUUUUGGACCUCUGUCACCUGGGUGGAGAUCAGGUGGAGGUCUUUAUCAGCAGGGUGUACAGAGUGACAGAGGUUUGUCUUGACUAGGAUGCACAGGAGAGCAUUGGAGUUCUCCUGUUAUGACUAUAAUCAGCAUUCACUAAUCAUGUAGGAAGUUAUUUCUUAAAGAGGACAGAACAGCUGAUGACUUUAUCAACUAAACCUUUGUACUUGUAAAUAUCCUGAUGAUCUUUUUUACCAUGUACAGUAAAUGUUACACAAUGCUCCAGAUUAUGUGCUCAUAUUUUGAGAAGAGGAAAAUUUUUAAUAUUCAUUAAAUACAGACAAACAUUCAA